AUGACUAAUGGUGAAGGGUACCAUAACUUCCACCAUGAAUUUCCCAAGGAUUAUCGUAACGGUUAUCGCCCAUUCGACUAUGACCCCUCGAAAUGGCUUAUCUGGUUCUUCCACACUUUCACUAACCAAGUAACGUCUGUAUACCGGGUACCCAGUAACGAGGUGAGGAAAGCGAGGGCCAACAUAGAUCUAUACAAAGCUCAAAAGGAACGAGAAAAAUGUGAUUGGGGAACAGAUCCAACAUUGUUACCUACCAUGACAUACGACGUAUAUCAAACCAAGGUCAAAGAUGAGGGAAAGGAAUGGUUAUUGAUUGAUGAUUUUGUGUUGGAUGUCAAGGACUUUACGUCAGCACAUCCAGGUGGUGAGAAAAUACUAAGAGCUUACUACGGAAAAGAUUCGACGAAAGCAUUCUAUGGAGGCCUUAACAAUCACACAAAAGCCGCUAGAACUAUGUUGUCGAUGUUGAGAAUUGCGAAAAUCGAAAAAAAUGAAUAA